GUCGGUAUCUUACGGCAGCUGGUGCUAAAGAGCAGCGUGGUCUCAGAUGUCCUCAGACUGUGACAAUUGGGGCAGUUGAGACAGAAAUAAGCAUUUCACCCGCGCCCAAGAGGCUCUUGCCCUCGCAACAAGACUCCCCUCUGCCCCAACGGCGAUAUCACUUGGUCUCGGUGGUGGUGCCUUAACGUCCUCAGCACGUUGUUGAAUCAAGGUGGAAAUCGAUGGGAGGCUGUCGGAAGGCGAUGAUAACUUUGGACUAGGCUUAACGGACCGUUGUGGUUUUAUAGUGGCUGGAGCGAAGCACGACAAAACUGGACUGGGCCCCCUGCACAGACAUAAUAAAUCAUGUUUGCCGCAUCAGCAGUAGCAGCCAGUGUCGGUCUGAGCAGCUUUCUUUCCAAGACGACAAGUGGAUAAUCCAGAUGACCGCAGUUGCUGCUAUCUGCGAGCAAGUUCAGGAAGCUUCAGAAGGAGCCUGGGGAAGAUGCCGCUGCGGUAGGCGGCCACGGCACCAGCAGGGACCUUACUGGAAGGAGUCGUGAGGGGCAAAGCCAGAAGCCACGGCAGCUUGCAGCUGCCCGUGUCCCUGCCUGGAGAUCUCCCAGCAGGUUCUUGUUUCGUCUGUGUUGUCCCUGCUGAACAGAUGCCUCCACACUAAGCAGAGGAGAUUGGAGCUACUGCUGGGUGUGCUAGUACCGGGAGCCUCAGUGCUUUGCAAAUGAAACGGUUUCCAGAAGCUUUGCUUGGAAAAGGGGAACAGGAGUCCCGGAGACUUGCCCAAGGGCACUUGGAGAGGCAGUGGCAGAGGGAGAGCUGCCACUCAAGCCCUGAGCCUCGGAGCAGGGAGCAGCAGGUAGAGCUGCCCAGGCUCCUGGCACCUCCGGAUGAAGGGAGGAUGAGCGAACUGCAGCAGGGCUCGGAGGGGGCUUCGGCUGGGAGCGAGCAGGGCGCAGAGCACAUCCAAGAGGUGCCAGGCGCAGAGAGACAGGAGCUGGCUGUGCACACUGGGGACAGUGACAGGACGGAGGAAGAUACAGAAAUCCUAGAGGACCCACUGUUGAAUUUUCCUGCAGAGCUCUCAGUGCUGGAGAGACUGGGCCUGCACAGAGCGGCUUUGACGGAGCAGGAUGUGGAGGCAGCCUUUGCUCACCUGGCCCUGGCUUUUAGCUGCGACAUGUUCACCCUGCGACAACGGGUCGAGGUGGAGAAGCGGGCACGGGAUGCGGCGGAAGAAAACAUCCAGGAGGAGCUGGGGCAGUGCCGGGCCGCCCUGGAGAGACUGGGCCUGUCCUGCACGGCUGUGGACAGCAAGGAGAUGCUGGAGCAGUUACAACACAACUUGGCAGUGCUGGCAGCAGCUAUCGAGCGAGCAACCAGUGCAGCAGAAAAGCUGGGGGCCAUCCACCAGGAGGUCCGGAUGAGCCGAGCAGCAGAGGUGAUGGUCCGGCAUGUGGAGAACCUGAAACGGCAUCACGUGCGGGAGCAUGCGGAGCUGGAGGAGAUGAAGCGGCUCAUCCAGCAAAACUCUCGCAACCGGCAGCUGGCGGAGACUCAGGAUGACGCAGUGCUGCGGCUGAGGCCUCACCCCCUGAUGCGCAAUUUCCAGCAGGUGUCGACCCGCCGGAGGGUCAGCAUCGCCGUCAUUCCCAAGCAGCACUUGCCAGGUAGCAGCCUGGAUGGCCGAGCAGAGCUGGCAAGAGAGGGGGCCUUGCAGCAACCCAGCACGCAGAGGAGCAAGCCAGAGCUGCGGAGAAGGAGCACCGUGACGGGGGAGCCCAUGGUAGAGUGGGACAGCAGGGGCUUGGAGAGCGAGGAGCCGGAGCAGCCUGAGCUCACGUCCAAGGUGUCCCUGAAGGAGCUGUCGUGGUUCUUCCUCCCACAGCACUAUGGCAUUUUAAUUUGGCUGCUUCUCCUGGGCCUUGUGUUCCUCUUCCUCAUCCCUGUCCUGGAGCUGCAGAAGCUGCAACCCACAGCAUCGCCCAAGGCCUAGCUGGAGGCUGGGAGCCGCCCACUCUCUGCUGCUGCUCCUUCCCAGCUCCCCAGAAAACCAAGACUCCAAAAUAAUAAA